AUGCCUUCUGCAAAAUAUGGAAUAAUCUUAGUUGAAGUUGUAGAUAGAAAAUCUAUCAGUUUGUGUAGAAAUAGUCCUGAUAAACUGCAAGAGCUCACUAAAAAAAAGCUUUUCUUGUAA